GUUCCCCCGCCAGUCAUUUUGACCGCCUUGGGACAAAACACAAACAUCUCGUCGGGGCCGUCACCGCACAAAGCUACCGCACGUAAACCACCACCACCUCGAACCGGCACCGUCUCGGCUCGAGAAACGCCUGCAUCUCCCUACGCGGUUCCACAGACACACUAUAUCUGCCCAGUACUCAUCAAUCCCGCAGAUCAACUGGCCUGUCGCACAAAUCUCGAGCCAGCCCAAGAUGGAGGACCAGCUCGUCCAGGUCCUGGCCAACACCCAGCUGGCAGCCGAGGGCCCUAGGAAACAAGCCGAACUUGACUUGAAGCACGCGUCCACCAACCCUGCCUACCUACUCUCCCUCGCCAACAUUGCUCGACAUGCCUCCAUCACCGUAGACGUCCGACAAGCAGCCCUGUCUGCGCUGCGGCUGUUCAUCGAGAAGAACUGGAGCGGCGAGAGCGACAGUGGCCCUGCCAUCCCCAUUGCCGAUUCUAUCAAGGAUCAGAUCAGACCUAUGGUCCUUGACCUCGCCCUCAACUCUGAGGAUGACAAGAAGAUCAAGGCAGCCGCAAGCUUCACCGCGGGCAAGAUCGCCAAUGUGGACUUCCCCGAACAGUGGCCCUCUCUUCUGCCGACGCUCCUCGAGAUAAUCCCGAGCGGUACCGAUGGUCAACUUCACGGCGCCCUGAUCGUCCUCCGCGAUCUAGUAGACGAGAGCCUAAGCGACGGCCAGUUCUUCUCCAUGGCGCGAGACAUUGUCAAGGUCGUAUACGAUGUGGCUAUCAACGAGAAACGCAAGCCUGCCCUACGUGCACUUGCCGUCUCUGUCUUCCGCGGAUGCUUCGAUCUCAUGGAUACGGUCAAGGACGAGCAUCCCAAGGAGGUUCACGGAUUUGCCGAGGAGGCUAUGAAGGGCUGGUUCCCCUUCUUCGACCAGACAAUGAAGCUGCGAUUGCCCGACCGCGACCCCCAGUCGAUAUCCCAGCCCGACAGCUGGAACGGGUUGAUCGCUCUGAAGCUCCAGGUUGUCAAGUGCCUUCUCAAGUUGAAGCUCGUGUUCGCGAAUCUCUUGGCGCCUCAGACGCCAGUUUUCUUCCAAGCCAUCUGGGAGGAGCUGUUGCUCCUUGAGCCUUCUCACGAGCUGAUGUAUAUCGAGAACGAAGCACAAGGCAGGCUCGAAGAUUCCGACGGCCUUCCCUAUACCUUAGACUUCCUAGUAUUAGAAGAGCUGGAUUUCCUGAAUAGCUGCAUGCGAGCGCCGCCGGUCCGGAAGGAGCUGGAGGCCCAGUUGGCAAUUCACGCCUCUGCACACGAGACCCCUUGGGUGCUGGACAUCAUGAAGCUGGCGAGCUCUUACGCCCGUAUCACCCGAGAGGAGGAGGAGCUGUGGGACAUCGACGUCUCUCUGUACCUUGCAGAGGAGCAGUCUGUGAGCGCUAAUUAUACCCCACGGACCGCCUGCGGAGACCUCAUCAUCAAACUUGGAGAGUGGCUGAACCAGAAGGCGCUGGAAGGUCUCUUCGCCCACACUAAGAAUCUCUUCGCGGAAAAUGCCUCGUGGAGGAAGCAGGAAGCCGCUCUGUAUCUGCUUAACAUGCUGCUCAAUGACUUUCUCGACUGCAACAAGCCAGCGCCGCCCGAGGUUAGCCAGGCUUAUCUUGAGCUGGUCACCUAUGCCGUCAACCGCCCUGCGGAGCCGCUGCUACGCGCUCGGGGCUAUCUAGUUGCUGGCGUACUGGCCCAAUUUGACGGAGCUGCGACUACGCUCACGAACCAGACCGUCGAAGCCAUCACAGCAGAGCAGUCGGAGCUAGUGCAAGUCGCGUGUAUCAAGGCAGUUGAAGGCUUCCUCCAGAGCGAAAAUGCUAUGGGCGACCAGCAACUCCAAGCGAACGUAGUCAACGCCAUAAAGCAGUGGAUGACCAUUAAGGACAUGACAGAAAUUGAGGAAUCGGACGACUUGCUGGUUACGCUAACGGAAACUCUCCGAGCCGCCAUAAAUUUAGACAAGAGAGUCGCGGUGUCUCCCGACGUUCCAGCCUUGGACUUGCUAUUCCCUAUCGCCAAGCAUGGAUCGAGCAAUUGGCAGGUGACGAUGCUUGUCUGCGAGGAGUUCGAAGAUGUUGUCAAGUCGCUGCCGGACGCGGCGUCGUUUCAAGCGCUCUGCCAGAAAGUCCUCCCUUCUCUGACCGGCGCAUUCAACGUCGCCGAUGUCACUUCGGAUAACCCACUCAUUACCGUUGCGGCUGAGCUCAUGGCUUCCCUCACUCAAUAUGCCUCCGAGCCCCUCCCCCCUGGAUUCGUAGCGGUCACGCUGCCUAAGUUGAGCCGGCUGCUUAUGGAGGCCAACGAGGGGGAGAUUCUAAGACCCGGGGCCGAAUCUGUAAAGUAUCUCUUGGCGCACGACCACGAGCAGGUACUCAAUUACCACGACGAGAAUAACAGAUCUGGCCUCGAAGUUUGUCUCCUUAUCAUUGACCGUUUGCUGGGCCCUACGAUCGAGGAUAACGCUGCUUCCGAAGUGGGCGGCCUCGCAGCUGAGCUAGUCGAAAAGGCCGGCCACGAGCGGCUUGGUCCAUUCCUGCCACAGUUAUUGCAGGCUGUCGCUAACCGUCUAGCGACCGCUGAAGCUGCGCCAUUUAUUCAAUCGCUCAUUCUCGUCUUCGCAAGGCUCUCGCUCCUGGGCGCUCAUGAUGUGGUGGAAUUCCUUAGUACUAUACAGAUCGAUGGACAGAGUGGCCUCCAGAUCGUUCUGAGCAAGUGGCUUGAAAAUUCUGUCAACUUUGCCGGGUACGAUGAGAUCAGGCAGAAUGUGAUUGCUCUCUCAAAGCUGUAUAGCUUGAACGAUGCUAGAGUGGCUCAGACGAUGGUGAAGGGAGAUCUUAUCAUGCCCGCAAGCGAUAGGAUCAUGACGCGUUCUCGUGCUAAGCAACAGCCGGAUCAGUAUACUAUCAUCCCUGCACCACUCAAGAUUUUGAAGGUCCUCAUCGAGGAGCUUCUUUCGGCUUCUGGCAUGAACAGUGCCGCUACGGCGGCGGCGGCGGCGGCAGCAGCUGAGUUUGCCGACGAGAACGACGACGACGGCUGGGAGGACGAUCCGGAUACGCUCGACCUUAACCUCGGCAGCACCAAGAACGACCUCAUGGGCUUCUUAGAAGCCAGCAAUAUGCGCAACCGGGACGAUGAAACCCAGAACUACCUGACAGAAUUCUUCGUGACAGCUGCUCGAGAUAACAUUGCCGGCUUCGGGGAGUGGUACAACGGGCUGACAGACGACGAGAAAGCGAAAUUGAAUGAGAUCCGCCCAGCGGAAUAAACCGCUUAGACUCCACCGGUUUGUUGGCAGGGCACGCUUUAGGACGGGGAGGUGGAAAAUACCGAAGGAGAGGGGGGACUCUCUCGUAGGCUAACGCUGAAAUGAUACCGGGGAAACUCAUAGAGGCAAGGUAGUGUCUCAUGGCGAACACCUUUGCCUUGCCUCGUUGAGGCUCUUAGAGGGGUGGGUAGUUAAUAAAAAGCUCGAUAUGAGAAUGGAAUAAGUCGUCGGUGGCUCGGGCGGGGGCUUCGAGGAAUGAGGGGCCACAUUCGAGUAUGAAUGAAUGAAUAGGGGUGAGGGGGGGAGAACUGCAUGCCGUGAUGCUCGCAGAUGCAUUCUCGUCGUUCGCCUCGCCCGUUCGCCUGGGUUCGGGACCGUGAAGCGCUUUCUCGAUGGUCACCGCAAAACAAAACAAAAAAACACCAUCUUCAGAUCAACCACCUCCCAGGCGCAGAUACAAGUGGGUAGGUUAGUUAGUUAUACUAGUCAUGACAUAUACAAAGAACCACAAGCAAGAAAAAAAAAAACGUCCCCAAGUUUCGUCAACACGAUUAUCCUCCGCCGGGGUUUUCUAUCUAUGAGCUCUUCGGCGGGCCAAGCUGUGUGGUGUGCGUAGGGA